AUGAACAAAAAAAUAUACCUGGAGAAAUCAGCUUACAAAUGGCGACCGGAGCCGGCUUUAUUCUCUACCAGUCGAUUGAAGGCGUUGGUGUGUUAUAGUUUAUUGCUCUGUUGUCGUUUGAGACGUCACGGGGUAUCAUGUAAAUUGUGGCCUUUAUUGACGGCAAUAUAUUCGUGUUUACUAUCUUUCGUCUCGUGCUUCAAAAUAAGGACUUUGGUUUGGAGUUCAACAGUGAUAAUUGGGUCUGAUCUUUUGGAAAACACAAUCGCCACCAUUUACCGAUCACAUUACAUUAUGGGUGUGUCAGAGCCUGGUUCUUCAACGACUCCAGACCUGCCCCCUAUGGAACACGACCGUCCAGGCUCCGGCAGCGGAUUGGAUGAUGAAGAUAUUCCUCAGAGAAAACAGCGAAGAUACAGGACUACUUUCACUAGUUAUCAGCUGGAUGAGCUGGAGAAGGCUUUUGGAAGGACGCAUUACCCUGAUGUAUUUACUAGGGAAGAGCUCGCAUUAAAAAUCGGCCUCACCGAAGCUCGUAUACAGGUCUGGUUUCAAAACCGACGGGCCAAAUGGCGUAAACAAGAGAAGGUGGGUCCUCACGCUCACCCCUACAGCGGUUACCUAGGAGGCGCCCAACCACUUCCUACCUCGGCUACUUUACCAGCCCCCCCACAUCCGUUCACUCAGCUUGGAUUCGGCUUAAGAAAGCCUUUUGACGCUGCGCUUGCGUCUUUUAGGUAUGCAAGUACACCUCUAUUCGGAACUCAAUAUCUUCCACCGUUAUCGCGUCCGUCUCUCUUCGGGGCUCCGCUCUACGCAACAUCGCCAGCUCAUUUCCAUUCCCUAUUUGCAAACCUUACCGUUCCUGAACCACCCCGUAUGUCUCCUGAGCAUUCCAGACCAGAACUCUCGCAUACGUCUUCCGAUGUAUCCCUUCGAUCACCCGAGCACGCCCGAUUGUCACCCGAAGUCAACGGAUCUCCAGCCCCUUCAGUUUCUCCUCCGAUUUCUCCCGGUAGUGAAAGUUUGCACAUACCGUCAGCUAUGGAGGAUGUGAGGAGCUCUAGUAUUGCUGCACUGAGAUUGGCGGCAAGGGAGCAUGAACUUAGACUUGAAUUUUUAAGACAAAGGGCCGAUUUAAUUUGCUGA